CCAAGUAUAAGUAGUAAUAAUAACCCAAUGAAAAGGCUACAUAAACGGAACAUGACAAAGCCAAACAUGAAAAAAUCAACUGGCAGUCAAAAAAGCUAAAGGAGCUGAAGCUGAGCUACUCCUUCAUCUCUCUCUCUCUUCUUGUCCUUGUCCCCAAACAGUCAAAUGGCAGCUGCCCAUUUUCCUCGUCUUUCUCCUCCGUAUCCUUUCCACGUCUAAUUGCCACCCAUCCCUUCCAAAAAGAGAAGAAAAAAAAAAUCCCUUAACUCGAACGCAAACUAUCAAAACCUGCGGCAGCUCAGCCAUGAAGAAGAAUCUCAUUUUCGUAACUUCCUCACUUUUUCUCUUCAAUUUCUUCCUCUCGUUGGCCAUCGAAGAUGACAUCACUUGCCUCGAAGGCCUGAAAAGCUCCCUUACCGACCCGGGCUCCAGUCUUUCCACGUGGAGCUUCAACAAUCGCUCAUCUACCUUCGUUUGCCAGCUUACCGGCGUUUCCUGUUGGAACGAGAAGGAAACCCGAAUCAUAAGCCUCCAACUCCCUUCGAUGAAGCUGUCAGGUCAGUUACCGGACUCUUUGAAGUACUGUGGGAGCCUCCAGAGUCUAGAUCUUUCCAACAACUCUCUCUUCGGUCCCAUUCCUAAUGAUAUCUGCUCUUGGCUUCCUUACCUCGUACGUCUCGAUCUCUCUGGUAACCGUCUCUCCGGUUCUAUCCCUCCUCAGAUCGUUAACUGUAAGUUCCUAAACGACCUCGUUUUGGACGAUAACAAAUUGUCCGGUUCGAUCCCUUACGAGCUCGCCCGGUUAGACCGGCUUAAACGGUUUUCCGUUGCGGGUAACGACUUGUCUGGCUCGAUCCCUUCUGAUCUGGCCAGAUUUGGGGUAGACGGUUUUGACGGUAACAGUGGACUCUGUGGGAAACCGUUAUGGAAAUGCGGUGGAUUGAGAGGUAAACAUCUAGGAAUUAUCAUAGUAGCCGGUGUCAUUGGAGCCGCCGUUUCGUUAAUCGUCGCAUUCGUGAUUUGGUGGUGGUUCUUUCUCCAAGCAGGUGCAGGCGAAAAAAGAAAGAAAAGUUACGGCGUUGAGGGUAAAGAUGAUAGUAGUUGGAUUGAAUUGUUGAAAUCUCAUAAGCUUGUUCAAGUUUCGUUAUUUCAAAAGCCUAUAAAUAAGAUUAAGUUGGCGGAUUUAAUGGUGGCAACGAACAAUUUCGAUGCUGAAAACGCGGUGAUGUCGACGAGGACGGGAGUUUCUUACAAGGCGGUGUUGCCCGACGGAUCUGCGUUGGCGAUUAAGAGGUUAAGCGCUUGUAAGCUUAGUGAGAAACAGUUUAGGUUGGAAAUGAAUAGGCUAGGACAACUUAGGCAUCCGAAUUUGGUUCCACUUUUAGGGUUCUGUGUUGUGGAAGAAGAGAGGUUGUUGGUUUAUAAGCAUAUGCCUAAUUGGACAUUGUAUUCUCAGUUGCAUGGGGGAAGUCUUGCUGGUUUCGGGAAUGGGAAGUUUCAGAUUUUGGACUGGUCAACUAGGCUUAGGAUUGGUGUUGGUGUGGCUAGAGGCUUAGCUUGGCUUCACCAUGCAUGCCAACCGCCAUAUGUGCAUCAGUAUUUUAGUUCCAACAUUGUGCUUCUUGAUGAUGAUUUUGAUGCUCGAAUAACGGAUUUUGGUUUGGCAAGAUUGAUGGGGUCUCGUGAUUCGAAUGACAGUUCAUUUAUGAGUGGGGAUUUAGGGGAGUUCGGUUAUGUGGCUCCUGAGUAUUCGAGUACCAUGGUUGCUUCUUUGAAAGGGGAUAUUUAUAGUUUUGGGGUUGUGUUGUUGGAGUUGGUUUCGGGUCAAAAACCUGUCGGGGUUAGCAAUGCAGAAGAAGGAUUUAAAGGGAAUUUGGUGGACUGGGUUAAUCAGUUGCUCAGCAAGGGUCGAAGCAAGGAUGCUGUUGAUAAAGCAUUGUUUGGAAAGGGUCAUGAUGAUGAAAUUAUGCAGUUUCUGAGAGUUGCAUGUUCUUGUGUGGUUCCUAGGCCAAAGGACAGACCUUCUAUGUACCAGGUUUAUGAAUCGUUGAAGAGCAUGGCUGAGAAACAUGGUUACUCUGAACGGUAUGAUGAAUUUCCAUUGAUCUUUGAGAAACAAGAUCAUGACUACAAGGAGUAACCUCGGCGGGGCAAUGGGGUCGGAAGCACAAAAAAACUUGUUUAUCUUGUUUGAGAGUUGCAGCAGUUGAACAUAUCCGCAUUGUGUAUGCUGUCUUCUUUUUUAAGGCAUUUUCAGCAAUUAGUACGAUUUCCACUUGAACAGGAUUCCCUGUUCUAAUGCUUAAUUUGUUGGAUAAUUCUGUAAAUCACAUGAAGCAUUAUGCACUGUAGUCACUAGCUUAUAUAAUGCAGUUGAAAAUUUUCCUUAUUAUCCUCGUAAUGCUUAAUUCAGCCUUGAAUCCCCGUGAUUUGUAACGAACUGCUCCAUUUUGAAAGUGUCGUUUCGUAGGUGUACAAGAUAAAAGGAACUCUGGAUGAUAAUGUCAGGUUAAUGUUGCCGAAGAGGAAUCUGAUUAUCAGUUCUGGUUGCGAUUCAACUUUUAACAUUGAUGUCGUUUG